AUGUCGCGAUUGUGUGGUAUGCGCCCUGAAGGGCUGACGGUAGACUCGAGGUUCAGUCCUCUUCCGUCGAUGUGUUUCUUCGAUACCAUCAUUAUUCCUUUACCGGCGUGGAUUCGUCUGACAGUCACUUUCGCCCUUUUCCACUUCAUUGUGCCGGUUCUCAUCGUCGACAAGGUUAAGCGAUAUACCGUGAAGAAGGAAUGGCAGAGGCACGCUCAAUUAUCCGUCUAUUUCUUCUCUAUACUCGUCGUGUUUCUCAUGGAGAUUAUGGAAAUCGCCAGACUCGCAGAGAUUCGCUAUGCCAUUGGCCUUCUUCCUUUCGUCUUCGCUGGCUGCGGCGUAUGUGCAGUCAUGCAGGCCACCCGCGGCAUCAAGGGCAAGAUUCGCAACUGGCAGGUGGCUAACAUCAUUUUCUGGAUCAUGAGCGUCGCUGUCACCAUUAUCAAGAUCCUCACGAUUCAGCGCUCAAGCAUGCGAUUCCCAGAGUUUCGGCGAAUGGGAACUGAUUAUCCGACGACGCACCAGGUGCAGGACUUGGCCGUCAUUGCCGGAUUCUACGUCCUUCUCUUGAUCAACGAGAUUGCGCUCUUCUUCCAGAAGACUUGGGAAGAGACUGUCGACGCUGAGAACAUUAAGAAGCUCCGCCUCACCAGGUCGAUCAGCGACCAGGCCCGCUACGAUCUCACCCGGGCUAUUGAGGAGGGCUACUACCCCUCGGGCGUCACGUAUCUGACCCUGAGACUCGAGGGCGAAUCCCAGAGCGAGAAGGCCACGGCUGGCAAGAGGCUCAUGGAUGAGGAUUCCAUCGAACCAGUACCCAUGAUACCCCCUAGCUUCAGACGCAACAGCGAGCGGUGGUCGUCAGCCAUGACGCUCAAGGACGCUGCCGGAGAUGACAUGAACGAGAAGGUCGGCGGCAAGGACAGCAACAAGAAGCGCGGCAGCGAGAGUUGGUCGAAUGCCAUGACAAUCAAGGAGCCCACAGCUCUCCGUGACGGUCAUGACAAGCGUGUGUCAAGCUUCGCCUCCCCGAUGGUUGCCGACAUUGACGAGAUCACACCCCUGGACCCCCCUUCCACCUCAUCAUCCAGAUAUGAAGACGAGCAUGCCGCGCAGAAAGCCAUGCUUCUCGACAGCCCCUUCCCCAUGAAAGAACUUCCCGACAGGCGCUCCUUCAUGCUCAAGCCCUCGCGCCCCAACACCGAGAGAUGGUCCAACGCCAUGACUCUGCGCGGCGAGCCGUCAUCCGGCAGCGGCAGUCAGGAGCCUUCGCCCAAGGAGCAUAAGGAGUACAUGCCCUCGGCACCCCCGGCCGCGGCGACGGCUCCGACCACACCGGAGCGCAGGGCUUCGGCCAGCGAGCGGAACAUCAUGAGGAGAUAUUCUGACGCCUCCACGCGGUCUAUCAGGAGGUUCUCUGCACGCAGUGACCUCCGCGAGGCGGCGGCCACAGCGGCGGCGUUUGUGGAUGGUGAUGAGCCCCUCACUUCGCCCACGGAAGCGCAUCCUUUGCAGCCGAAUCACCACACGCCAUAA